AUGGUGUGGCGAGAAGUAGAGGAUCGAGAGUUAGUUUGGCGGAGGGUGGCGGAACACAAUCAUGCAAUCACUAGUAUACUCAUUCACGGACCCCUAAUCGCACAGCGCUGCUGUAUCUUGCAUCUCCGUUCAUCUAUAUUUGCCAGAGUGACAAUACUGCGCCUGCCUGCCUUCCUUCUGCCCGCGACUAGAUCUAGCAGUGACGUCGCUAGGUUAUGA